CACUCACUCACUCGGAUGGGUCUGUAGAAGCAAAGGGGAUGCUGACAUUUUGUAAUGCAUGUGCAAAUAUGGUGCAAAAAUGUUCCCAAUUGUCCCAGUGAGGAGUGACUGAGCCCCCCUGUCUGGCUAUCUUUCUUUGUGCGACUGCACUCUCCAGACUGCUUCUCGUCUUGCAGCAAUUCGGCUGAUUUGGUUUUUUUUUGGAACUCCGUAUAGUGAUCCCAUGGCUCAGGGAAGCAGCGGGUGGUGCCUUGGAUUGGCACUGGGGCUUGUCAUGGCCAUCAUGGAUUGCGGUCUUUCAGUGGAGCUAAUUUUGGCAGUAGAACCCAGUGAUGAGGUAGCAGUACCCGGGCAGCCAGUGAUGCUGAUGUGCUCUGCAGAUGGUAUCCAGCCUAUCACCGUAACCUGGAGGAAGAAUGGAACUUCCCUCUGGUUUGAGGAACAUAUUUUCCAGUUGUCCAAUGGCUCCCUUUACUUUUCAGUUUUUCAUCCUAAAACUGCAGACAGAUUUUCUGAUGAGGGCGAGUAUGAUUGUGUGGCACAAAAUCGUUUUGGGUCCGUGGUGAGCAGGAAGGCGCAAUUGCAAGCUGCAGCAAUUUAUGAUUUCCACAUCUUUCCACGGGAUGCCACGCUAGAGGAAGGAGGUGUAGCCAGGUUUCAGUGUCAGAUUCGUGGCCUGCCAGAGCCAAACAUUGUUUGGCAACGAGAUGGUGAAAUCAUUGAUACCGAGGAUCCCAGAUAUACCUUGCUACCCACUGGAGUUUUACAAGUAACUGCCCUGCGUGCAGACGAUGCUGGCACAUACCGCUGCAUGGCUACUAAUGCAGCAGGCGUUAAGUACAGUCCUUCAGGGGCUUUGACUGUUACAGGCUCCCAUUACACAGGUUACAAGGACCCAAUAAUCCUAGUUGGCCCUGAAAAUCUCACAAAGACCGUUCACCAGACAGCAAUUUUGGAGUGUAUGGCUACAGGCAACCCUAGGCCUAUAGUUUCAUGGAGCCGGCUCGAUGGCCGUCCAAUCGGUGUGGAGGGGAUCCAGGUUCUUGGGACAGGGAAUCUUAUGAUUUCAGACUUGACUGUGCACCACUCUGGGGUCUAUGUUUGUGCUGCCAACAAGCCUGGAACUAGAGUGCGUCGGACUGCACAAGGACGACUGGUGGUUCAGGCUCCUGCUGAAUUUGUUCAACAUCCUCAGUCCAUAUCCAGGCCUAUAGGCAGCACAGCAAUCUUUACAUGUAUGGCACAGGGUGAACCACCUCCUCAAAUCACUUGGUUAAAGAAUGGAAUGAAACUGGAGCCUAGUGGGCAUAUAAAGUUGAGAAACAACAACAGCACUCUAAUCGUCUCUGUAAUCUCUCAAGAAGAUGAGGCAAUAUACCAGUGUGUAGCUCAAAACAGUGCCGGAUCGAGCCAGGCCAGUGCGCGCCUCUCUGUGCUGUGGUCAGUAGGCCUGCCAGGGCCACCGCAGGAUGUUGUAGCCACUACUGUGUCAUCCACUUCCAUCCAAUUAUCCUGGAGCGAGCCUUUGGAGAAUACGCAGGAGAUUAUAGGAUAUGUGAUACACGUCAAGAAAAUCACAUCAGACCCUUUACAAAUGGAAUUUCAGGAGGCUGUGAGCAAGGACACUUUAAAGCAGGUCGUGACUGACCUUGAACCCUCCACCAUGUACAGUUUCUACAUUAAAGCGUACUCGUCUCAGGGUGCGAGCAAACCGUCAGAAACUGUAGUGCAGAGUACUCUGGUAGAAGUUCCAGCAGUACCAACAUUAUACAUCAAGGUUCUGAACAGCACAGCCAUCCAAGCUGCAUGGGAGCCAUCAAUCAAACUAGGACAGAACGAGGGUUUCAAGUUGUACUACCGCAGAGUGCCCCUACCAGACUACACUGGGCCCAUGCUUCUGCCUAGCAACAUCACCUCUUAUAACAUCUGCAGACUUGACCCCUCAGUGGAUUAUGAAGUGAAGCUCUUAGCAUUUAAUCAGCAUGGGGAUGGAAAUUCCACAGUUCGCUUUGUAUCCCUGAAAGAGGCAUUUACCCAGGCAGUGCUGAACACAUCCUGUAAUUGUGUGCAUGAUGACCAGAGAUCUAAAUCCUCCACCACCGGCAUCAUCAUCGGGAUACACAUUGGAGUGACCUGCAUCAUCUUCUGCGUGCUCUUUCUCAUAUUUGGGUACCGUGGGAGACUUAUGAAGUGUAAGAAAGGUCAGAAUGAACAAUCUGCUGCACAAGAACCCAGUGGGUCUGCGGUAAGAGGUUCUGAUAGAGUGACUCGCAAUGUUGUCACACUGAGGGAUGGGCAGUUACCAGGAACAAAAGGAAAAGUGAGUGACCUCAAUGAAAUGGAACAACUGUUCCAUCAUCCUCUACCACAACAAGAUGGAGUAGUUCUGUGUCAUGCAGUUCCUGCUCACUCUUUGGAUGAGACACUGGUUUCCACCAUUACACCUGAUGAGAUCAGCUUUGCUGAAGAAGACCCUCCUGGACAACCCAACACUAACCUCCCACCCACAACCAGCGACUAGCCUCUUCCUUUAUUGUUAUAGGACAUAUAAUACUUGCUGCUUAUCCCAGUCCUUACUGGAGAAGCAUUUUAAAUAAUCUCAGGUCUCAAUUUUUUUAAACUCUGUGGUUCAUUGGCAUACUUUUGAUAGAUUUUGUACUUUUUUUCUUUUUUGUACGUGAGAACUUGGCACUUAAAGACUACUAUUCUUGGGAGAGUGUUGGCAGCCAUACUUUUGACAACUGCAUGGAUAUCACUUGCUUUAAGCUCUUUGGCUGCAGGGCUAUAAAUAUGUAUAGGGGAAUUCACUUAUUUUACAUGGUAAUCCAUCUACCGGUAAUUUGUUUUUCAUUUUUGUGAUUGUUAAGACCCCUGGGAUGUCCCAGAAAAGUCUGCUGCUCUCCUAACUUGGUGGAACAAUAUAUAUAUAUUUUUUUGU